AUGUCGUACCGAGCUCCCCUCGUCGUCCCUGCUCUGAAGAAGCACACGGCAACAGUUAUCAUGGCUCAUGGGUUGGGUGAUAGUGGAGCUGGCUGGGCCGGUCUUGCACAGAACUGGCGUCGCCGGAACAAAUUCGAAGAGGUCUCGUUCAUCUUUCCCAAUGCGCCUAGUAUUCCGAUUACUGUUAACAUGGGCAUGUCGAUGCCGGGUUGGUAUGACAUUCCUCACUUAGGGCGCGAUCUGGAUUUCGAAGAAGCCCAACGCAACCAAGACGAACCCGGCAUCCUCAAAUCGCGCGACUACUUCGAAAAUUUAAUCAAGGCCGAGAUCGAGAAGGGAAUUGACCCCUCACGCAUUGUCCUAGGCGGCUUUUCUCAAGGUGGUGCCAUGUCACUUUUCACGGGUAUCACAAGUUCACAUAAAUUGGGGGGCAUCUUUGGCUUGUCGUGCUACCUUCUACUCUCCACCAAGAUCAAGGAAUUUUCGCCAGAGGGUGAAUUGCCAAAUCAGAACACUCCAUUUUUCCUUGCGCAUGGUCGGGAUGACCCUGUUGUUCUGUACGAAUUUGGUGAUAUGACGCAAAAACUUCUCAAGGAUUUUGGGCUUAAUGUUGAUUUUCGCGGUUAUCGCGGGCUGGGCCAUUCCGCCGAUCCAGAUGAGCUUGAAGAUCUCGAAAAGUUCAUCGCCAAAGUCCUUCCACCUACUUCGACUGGCGACGCGGCUGGUCUAUGA